CAGAGGCAGGACGUGAUCUCGUGCACAGGAAUGUGACAUUUCCUCACCACCUUUUGAGCGACUUGUUGGUGGUAACAGGUGAAACACUUCAGCUUAUGUUAAAGACGAACCAUGGGCUGUGGAAGCUCCAGGAUUGCGGUGGUGGAACCCACAAAACCAGGCAGCCCCGACAUGACAAAUGAGGCUGAUCAGGUGCAUGGAAGUCCUCGUGGCGACUCAGCCGUCUCUAAAAAUACAACAGACAGCGGAGUUGUUCUGGAGGCAGGAGAGGCCAUUGGUCUAUCCAGGACAGUUAAUAGGAUUCUCCCACCACUGCAAGCUCAGAGUCCAAGGCAAAGUCAGAGACCGGAGUCUAGUUUGAUUCUGGAGCAGCUGCUGAGUCAAGGCAUCAUCCCAGCCAAAAGCAAAGUGACAGGCAGUGGAGCAGCAUAUAGCAUCAUGCUGGCUGACUCCAGGAGGAAGCCACCACCUCGCCUAGAGUCAUUGAAGAUCCAUAAAGAACAAGACGUCGCUAGAAAAGAAGACAUCGAUGAGAAGAUGAGAAAAGUAGAAGAAAGGAGGAAGAUACGGGAAGAAGAGCUCCGAAACAGACUGAGACUUAAAUCUGCACGGCCUCGUGGAGCAGCUCUUACUGGAGUUGGAGAAGAGAGCACCCCAGAGGUUGACUCUCCUCCAUCUUCCCACAUCCCAGUUACAGCCAAAGGUCCUGCAAUGGGCAGCAGUGGAGAAGAAGCAGCAGAUCUACUCUUCUGCCAGCCGAACGACUCAUUGGUUCAACAGAAUGAAGUCUUUUAACCUGCACCUGCUCUGCCCUUUAAGAAGACCAUUACUUUAAAUCUGGUCCAGCAGAGUGUAUUUCUAUCCAGAUUUUAUUUAGCUAAAUAGGGGCACAUAAAUUAAGUAUAGGAGUUAGCAUACAGUUUUGCACUUGCACUUUAUAAUACUCUAGUUAGUGUUUGUAAACACUGGGCAGGGACCUCUUCAACACAGUUUAAUUCAACAUACAGUACAUAUAUGUGUUUUGGCAGUACUCUAAUGAAGAUCAGUUUAAAGGAACAGUCGGAUCUUUGUUCCUAACUCAUCGCAUGUAUGUGAGUUUACCUCAGACGAUACACUACAUAGACAAAAGUAUUUGGACACCUGAUUUUUUUCAGCUAUACGGUAUACAUUUUCACUUCACUUGAUCUAAGUGACCCAAAUCUGUUCCAGCAUGGCAAUGCCACAAAGCAAACUCCAUGAAGAUAUGCUUUACCUGGUUCAGAGUAAAAAAUCUUAAGUGGCUUACUAUAGAGCUCGGACCUCAAUCCAACUGAACACCUACAGCACCCCGGUUCUCCUCAUCCUACAUCAGUAGCUGACUUUACUAACACCCUUGUUAGUUGGCUGAAUGAAGACAAAGCUCCAUAAACACAUUAUAAAAUGUAGUGAAACAUUUACACAGAAAAAGAGUGGAGGUUAUUAUCACAGUGAAUAGAGACUGAAUGUGGACUGGACUCUUUAAAAAGUAUAUAGGAAUCUUAUGAUGAGGUGUCCACAAUCUUUUGUCCAUAUAGAGUACAUGUUUUUGUGUAAUAAGAAAAAAAGCCAAUAGACUUGUUUAUUUAGAACUUACUUAUAGGCAGUCAUUGGGUCAGUUAAGAUAUUAAUGUAAAACAUAGUUGUGUGACCAUCUGGGAAAUUCUGUCACGUCACUAAGGCUGAAUUUGGGAAAAUUGUGGGAAAAAAUGUCUCAUUCCAAAAUCUAUGCAGAUAAAGAUAAAGUUUUUUGCCUUUUUAAAAUGACUGUUAAUGGAAUUAAGCCACUAUUUAUUUAGACUUCCAGUGUAAGUAUGUUCCAAGAAAAUAACAGUAGAAAGGUAUUUUUAUACUUUUUUUUAUUGUAGGGAAAUUUGUUUAGAUUAGUGUUCACAAUAAUAUACUACAGAUGCUGUAAAUGGUAUUCAUUUAAAAAGAAACUUCAAGUGUAUUUUUUUUACUAUUUAAACAUUUUAUAGUGUAUCACAUCAAUAUACAAAAUGAAGCCAAAUAGAAAAGUAGGUACGAUUGACUUUUUUAUAUAAAUAUAUACAAGUGAAAUAGUUGCCAAGAAUACCUACUGCUUUCUGCUACAACUUAUUUACAAACUCAAAUAUUUGUUAUAUUGAUUUUUUUUCCCAGAUAAAUCAUUCAACUCU